UCCGCCGCCGCGGGGGGUACGUGUGCUCGCUCCGCCAUGCCGCUCCACUCUCUGCGCACUGCUGCGCUCCUGGCUAUCGGAACCUUUCCGCACCUACUGUCGACCCACAGCGACAGUUGAAUAGUAAAUAUGGACGUGCGCGACGUAAAUAUCCGACUUUCAUUCAUCAGACUUUGACAAGUGAUCAAAAUGAUAUGGACACAGUGGUUAAAAUGAUAAUUAACGUGAUAUUGUUUUGUUUUGUGAUGGGCGCGGCGCUCACGGAGGCGCCGGACGCGGACGCCUGUUUUCGUGUGUCCGGAGUGAACGGUUCCCUGGAGUGCGACGUGCGGGCCCUGUCCGCGGACCGGGACAUCGGUUCGAUGCACUCGGACGGCGCCGAGCGGCUCGCGCUCCGCUGCGGCCCGCUGCUGGCCGAGAGCACCCUGCGCGACCACCACUUCAGCAGGAUGCACGGCUUGGCGGAGAUCUCCAUCGCCAACUGCAAGAUACUCCGUCUGCCCGGCAACGUGUUCGAGGGACUACGGGGCUUGAAGUCCCUCAAAAUACGCUCCAUGAACAAUGACUGGGGCCCCAAUAAGGAACUCGAGCUGUCUCUGGGCGCCUUCAACGGUCUGAGAGAACUGCACACGCUAGAUUUAGGAUUUAAUAAUAUUAGGAAAAUCCCUUCGGACUUGUUCUGUGCUUUGGAAAAUAUUAUCUCGCUUAAUCUUACGCGGAAUAAAUUAAAAUUUGUGGAUGAACUCGGUUUCGGACAUAAGUGCGGUUCGACUUUACAAACAAUAGAUUUAAGCUACAACGACAUCAUGGCUUUGCCGGCCGACUCGGAGAUCCUCCACCUAAGGAGGCUCACGCAGCUGUUUUUGCAAAACAAUAAGAUAAAUGAGCUGCCGGGCGAAGUGUUCAGCGACCUGCUAUCAUUAAAAGUUGUGAACCUAUCCGACAACGCAAUAAAUUAUUUACCGGAAGGCUUAUUUUCCAAUACGAGAGAAAUUCGAGAGAUUUAUAUGCAGAAUAAUGAGCUGGAAACUUUACCCAAGAGGAUAUUUAAUCGGUUGGAACAAUUGCUCGUUUUAGAUCUUUCGGCGAAUAAAUUGAAGGGCGACCGCAUAGAAGAUGAAACGUUCGGUGGUCUAAUAAGAUUAGUGGUGCUCGACUUGUCGCACAACGCCGUGGGGCGCGUGGCCGCGCACAUGGUGAAGGACCUGUUCUUCCUGCAGAUCCUCAACCUCGGCAACAACAGCAUCGCGCACAUCGACGACAACGCCUUCGCCCCGCUCUUCAACCUCCACACCCUCAAUCUCGGACAAAACAAACUCCAAGCCAUCGAGGAACACGUCUUCAACGGACUAUUUAUACUAAACAAACUCAAUCUUAAUAACAAUUUAUUAUCGUACAUAAGUGAAAACGCUUUCAGAAACUGUUCCGAUUUAAAAGAGUUAGAUCUCAGUUCUAAUAAGUUAACGAGCAUUCCCGAGGCGAUUUUGCAGUUGCCGUUCUUGAAAUCUUUAGACUUGGGGGAGAAUUUGCUAACUGAAAUUAAAAAUAAUUCAUUCCACAAUCUCUCACAGUUGACCGGUUUGCGUUUAAUAGAUAACCAAAUAGGAAACCUUACAGCUGGUAUGUUUUGGGGUUUGACAAGUUUACAAGUGCUCAAUAUGGCAAAAAAUAAAAUACAGUCCAUCGAGACCGAAACCUUUCAAAAGAACACGCAAUUGGAAGCCGUCCGAUUGGAUAGCAACUUCAUUUCAGAUAUAAACGGAGUGUUUGUGUCGUUGACAAAAUUGCUGUGGCUAAAUCUAUCAGAAAACCAUUUGGUCUGGUUCGAUUACGCUUUCGUACCCGCCAGUUUAAAAUGGCUCGAUAUUCACGCUAACUUUAUAGAAAUUCUCGGAAACUAUUAUAAAAUUCAGAACGAACUGCAGGUCAAAACUUUAGACGCGAGCCAUAAUCGAUUAGUGGCCAUAUCGCCGAUGUCUAUACCAAAUAGCGUCGAACUUCUGUUUAUAAAUAACAAUUUUAUAGCCAGCGUGGAAACGGACACAUUCCUUCAAAAGAGAAAUCUUUCUCGAGUCGAUAUGUAUACCAAUGAGAUCGAAAGUUUGGAGUUGAACAGCUUGCGGCUCGCGAGAGUGGCCGACGAUCGCGCCCUGCCGGAGUUUUACAUUAGCGGCAACCCAUUCCGCUGUGAUUGCACGAUGAAAUGGCUUCUCCUCAUCAACUCACUGAAUUCCCGGGAAUAUCCGCGAGUCAUGGACCUAGAAAAUGUAAUUUGCAAGGAAUCCUACGUUCGCGGGGUGAAAUACCUCCCUGUCAGCUCUCUGCAUAUCAAAGACUUCUUAUGUAAGUUCGAGACUCACUGCCCGGAGGGCUGUAAUUGCUGCGAUUCCAUAAACUGUGACUGCAAAACCGUCUGCCCUAAAAACUGCUCUUGUUAUCACGACUCGACCAAGUCGACGAGCGUUAUCGAUUGUUCUUUAAAACAACUAAAAUUAGUUCCACUUAACUUUCCUUCGGACUCAACUCAUGUAUAUUUAGACGGAAAUGUUUAUAAUGAAUUAAAUGGGACUGUUUUCGAUCCGAUGCCUAAAGCGGUCGUUCUUUAUUUGAACUCUAGUAACAUCGCGCAUAUCGAAAAUGAUACGUUCAACCGGUUGAGCGAGCUGCGUAUAUUGCACCUCGACAAUAACAGACUGACGCGACUACGCGGGCUCGAAUUUGCAAAGUUGAGCAACUUGAAAGAAUUGUAUCUGCAGAAUAACAUAAUAGAACACAUUUCAAACGAAACUUUUUAUUCCUUGACAGCUCUGGAAGUUUUACGCUUGGACGGAAACAGACUCGUGAAUUACGGACUGUGGCACUUAGACAAUAACAAAAAGUUGCAAACGCUCUUCGUGGGCGGGAAUCGUUGGUCUUGCGACUGUAAAUAUUUACAAGGUUUUUUGACGUACAUAUCGCAGAACGUAGAAAAAGUUGUGGAUAUCGGUAGCGUGUGGUGUGUGAACGGGCCCGAGCCGGCGAGGAAGCCUUUGAAUCUAAAUGUCACGGUCUGCAGCGAAAUAAGCGAUAGCUCUGUGAUAAGCGCUUUCUUCGUGUCCAACAACCUGCCAUUAGUGGCGUCCGCGCUGACGGGGUUCAUGCUUAUUUUAUUGAUACUAGUGCUAGCGUUUACGUUUAGAUACGCGUGUAGAAUGUGGUUGUUCUCCAAUUGUGGGAUCAAAUUGUCGCCUCUGGCGGGAGCGUUCGAGGACGCGGAUAAACUUUACGACGCGUACGUCUGCUACAGUCCUAAAGACGAAGAGUUUGUUAUCGAGUCCUUAGCUAGAGAGCUCGAGAACGGUUACCCGUCUUACCAUCUUUGUUUACAUUAUCGCGACGUCCCUCAGUUUGAGGCGACAUACGCGCAGUUUCCUGAUUUGGUAGUCGAGGCGACCGAAGCCUCUCGUCGCAUAAUCGUAGUCCUAACAAAGAACUUCAUCUCGACCGAGUGGUCACAGUUGGAGUUCCGGCAGGCGCUGCAGCGGGCGCUGAGAAAGAAUCCACAUAAAUUAAUAAUAGUCGCCGCGGGCCUCGUCCCACGAGACCCGGAAUUGAAGUCAUAUUUCAAAACGGGUUUGGAGAUAACGUGGAAAGAGAAACGUUUCUGGGAGAGAUUACGUUACGCGAUGCCGAUGUCCAAACGGCGCAGUCACAAGUUGAAGCGUCUUAAUUACGGGAGGAGUUCAAACACGUACACGAUGGACGCGUCGGUGCUGAACAGCACGUGCCAGACGCUGUGCGGCAAGUCUGCCACGUCGGCCGAGCGCUCGCCGGCCGACCGCCCGCUGUCCGAGCACAUCUACUCCACCAUCGACUCCGACUACUCCUCUCAAGACUACCACUCGCGCCACCAUCAGCCGCACUCUGUGGUGAUGCAACACACUGUGCAGACCUAUCUCGUGUAAACUGAAUAUUGGCUGUGUUAAUGAGAUAAAUACCGACCUACUUUAUAGAUUAAUAUGCAUUAAAAUACGUGAUGCUGAUGGCACUUUUAGCAAUAACAAAGCAGUUUAACAAUUCACUGGCUCGAAAU